AUGAAUCCAAACACCAUAGAAACCGAACAUCUUUUACCAUCGGGGGAAGAAGCUCGUUCUGAAAAACACAAUUUCCAUGAACGAAUCAAAGCUUUACUCGAAUGCCAAAUCUUGUCAUCAAUUGCCUUCAUUAUCGAUUGUGUCUUUAUGAUUGAAAUUGCCUUGCAUCUUUUCGUAUUUGGAUUAAGUUAUUACUUUAAAGGAUCCAAUUGGCACCUUCAUUUAUUUGAUGCUACUAUUAUUAUUACAACAUUUUUCUUAGAGUUAUUUUUAAAGGGAAAACAGAGAGAAGCUGCAGGGCUAUUGAUCGUUUUUAGGUUAUGGAGAUUGGUUAAGAUGCUUAGUGCUUUUGCAGUUGGUAUGGGCGAAUAUUACGAUGAACGAGCCGAAAAUUUGAAAAUAAAAGCAGAGGGACUAGAAAAAGAAUUGAAUAAGAUUUUGGAUGAGGUUGAUAAAAUUGCCAGUGAGGAUAUGUGGGAUGAGAGUAAGAGAGCAAGAAUUUUUAGUCAAACUUUGGUUGGUAAAAGUGAUUCUAUUGAU